AUGGCACUACGAACAAGCCUGCGAGGCUCCUCGCUAGCCCUUCGAGGCAUUGCCCGACCGACGACACUGAACCGCUUCGCGAGACCAUGCGCGGCCACAAGAGCUGCCUCUUCUAUCGCCACGGAUGGCCAACAGCAACUUCUCUCCGCGCACCUCGAGAAGGCUGACCCAGCAGUCUUCAACAUCAUUGAGCAGGAGAAAAAGCGCCAAAAACACUUUAUCAACUUGAUUCCCUCUGAAAACUUCACAUCACAGGCUGUCCUAGAUGCGUUAGGCAGUGUUAUGCAAAACAAAUACUCCGAGGGGUACCCUGGGGCGAGAUACUACGGUGGUAACGAAUUCAUCGAUCAGGCCGAGACGCUCUGUCAGAACCGCGCCCUCGAGACCUUUGGCCUGGAUCCGAAAUCAUGGGGUGUCAAUGUGCAACCACUCUCUGGUGCGCCUGCGAACCUCUACGUCUACUCAGCAUUGAUGAACACCCACGAUCGCCUGAUGGGGUUGGAUCUUCCUCACGGCGGUCACCUGUCACAUGGCUACCAGACCCCGACGAAGAAGAUCUCUGCCAUCUCAAAAUACUUUGAGACCGUGCCAUAUCGCUUGAAUGAGGAGACUGGCUACAUUGACUACGACAAAUUGGAAGAGAUGGCCCUUAUUUACAGGCCCAAGGUCAUUGUGGCUGGCACAAGCGCUUACAGUCGGCUGAUCGACUAUAAGCGCAUGCGCGAGAUCUGCGACAAGGUCAAUGCGUAUAUGGUUGCCGAUAUGGCUCACAUUUCCGGUCUGGUUGCCGCCAAGGUACUACCAAGUCCAUUUGGCUAUGCCGACGUGGUCACCACCACUACACACAAGAGCUUGCGUGGGCCACGUGGAGCCAUGAUCUUCUUCCGUCGGGGAGUGCGUAGGCAGAACCCCAAGACCAAGGAGGAUGAGAUGUACAACCUCGAGAACCCAAUCAACCAGUCUGUCUUCCCUGGUCACCAAGGAGGCCCCCACAACCACACCAUCACGUCUCUUGCUGUGGCCUUGAAGCAGGCUCAGUCUCCUGACUUCCACGCCUACCAAACACAGGUGCUUGCCAACGCGAAGGCUUUCGCGGCACGCCUAAGCGAGCCUAAAGAGAAGGGUGGCCUCGGUUACAGCGUGGUGAGUGGCGGCACGGACAACCACCUCGUCCUCAUCGAUCUGAAGCCCCACGGCAUCGACGGAAGCCGCGUCGAGCGUGUUCUCGAGCUGGUGGGAGUGGCUUCCAACAAGAACACUGUACCCGGGGACAAGUCGGCUCUGGUACCAGGGGGCUUGCGAAUGGGAACGCCUGCCAUGACCACCCGCGGCUUCAACGAGGCUGACUUUGAGCGCGUUGCUGACGUUGUGGACCGCGCCGUCAGCAUCGCCAUCCGCAUCGACAAGGCUGCCAAGAAGGCUGCCGAAGAGCGUGGCGAGAAGAAUGUCAAGAGGGUCAAGCAUUUCAUGGAUCAUCUAGGCAACGGCGAGAAUGAUCCCGAGAUCGUGCAGCUGCGAAGUGAGGUUGAGGAUUGGGUUGGCACCUACCCCCUUCCAUGGGCGGCGGAGAAGUGA